AUGGUAUAUCGAGAUUCUGAAAUACCCAAAGAAAUAUUGUUACCAGAUCCAGCAAGAACAUCAACCGUUAGAGUAAUGACACCUGCACCAGAUAUGAUAUCGACUGAUACUACAAUUUUACAAGCCCUUAAGCAAAUGCAAGAAAAACAUUAUCAACAUUUACCUGUAUACGAUGAAGAAAAUAUAGUGAUUUCAAUUGUAGAUGUUUUAAAACUUACUUAUGCAAUCUUAAAUAUU